AAAAAACGCGGAUACGCACACAAGCAUAGCAGACUAUUCAAUUAAUACAAAUCUAAAGUUUGUUUUUAUAUUUUGUUAACUUUUUUUUAUUGCUGUUAGAUGCAAAAUCGCGAAAACUGCGUUGUGCAUUAAUUUAAAUGUUUAAUAACAAACUCGGCAAUGUCGCAACGUCAAAACCUAUGCUGUAGGCGUCGCUGUCGAUAUAGACGACGCCACUUUAGUCAUUAAUAUACGCGAAUGUGUGUGUAAAUGUGUAUACAUAUAUGCUGUCUAACAAAAAAUUUUUGGCGUUGUUGCGUUACAAAGCGCACAAGCCUCAGCCGUUGUCCCUAUUUCUAUAAGCUGAGUCCGUCGCAAUUGGCGUCGACAUUAAUUUCACUGCCGUCGCUGGCAUCUUCUGUACAGAUGCUUGGCCUUUGCACAAAAAAUAAGUACAUUUCGUAAUAUAAAAUCGCACUGUAAUAAAUAUUUGAUAUUGAGAGCAGCCUUCGCCGUUGUAGCUGUCGCAGGCACCGCAGCGAGUGGAGUAUGUACUAAUUAUUGCUCGUGCACGAAACAUUCAUUUACACGCCUCAGACACAGCCAACAUACACACACGAACAUUUAAAAACAUACAAAUACACUAUGGCAGACACACGGACCGACUGAUAGUCGUUGAGACUAUUUCGUGUAUAUUAGUUUUUUUUAUAUGUUUUGGUUGCAACAAAGUUAUAUAACGGACAUUGAAAGCGAUUCAGACUCAAUAAUACCAUCGGCAGCAGCAAGCUCAACAUCAACAGCAACGACCACUUACAACAGUCACCAUGUUGGCACGACGCAACCGCUGAAGGACAACUCAAAUAUACGUAGCGAGAAGUCACAGCUAUCUUCGCACCAUCACCACCAACAGCAACAACAACAGCUUCAGUCACAACCGCAACUGCAAAAGCAGCAGCAACCUGGUAACGAGAGGCCCUUAAAGUGUUUGGAGACACUUGCCCAGAAGGCAGGUAUUACAUUUGACGAGAAGUACGACUUUGCCAGUCCACCGCAUCCAGGUAUUGGAGCCCCUACGCCAAACAGCAAUUUCCGCAACAGUAGUAAUAAUAAUAAUAUCAACACCAACACUUUUGUAGUUGGUACACCGCCUUCAUCGCGACGCCAACUCCAAAACUUGCUCAGCUUCUCCACCAUUUCUAACUCUACCAUCAACGCCAACACCAACUCUAUUUCCAAUUCAAAUUUAAGCACUCCAACUAACUCCAAUUCGCCCAAAGGCAUCGGCUUCACACUGGAGAAAUCACAGAGCCCCGCCCAACAGGUGGCAGCCGCCACUGCGGUGCCCCUGCAGAUCUCACAGGAACAGUUGCAGCAAUUUUACGCGAGCAAUCCAUAUGCGGCUAUACAGGUAAAACAGGAGUUCCCUACACACACGACAAGUGCGGCGACGACAACGGAACUUAAACACGCUGCUGGUAUUCUGGAUGCCAGUCAGACGACCCAAUUACAGCAAAUGCAGCUGCAGCAGCUGACGGCAGGGGCUGGCGACGGAGGAGCAGUGUCAGCCGGCACCGCUAGCCCAGCCAAUACUCAGCAAACGUCCAGUAGCGCAGCUGUCGCUGCCAUGCAACAGCAACACUCAACAGGCAUCAGUACCAUGUCACCAAUGCAGCUGGCGGCUGGAGGUGUUCCUGCCGAUUGGGCACCUGGACGAACAGUGCAAUUAAUGCAGCCCUCGCCCGGCUUUCUCUACCACCCUCAAAUGAUUGUAUCGGGAAAUAUAUUGCCAGCCGGUCUGGGCCAACAACCCAUACAGGUGAUUGCUGCUAGCAAGCCGUUUCAGGGAAGCGCGCCGCAAAUGAUCACGACAACCACACAGAAUGCUAAGCAAAUGAUUGGUGGUCAGGCAGGGUUCCCCAGCGGCACCUACGCCAUUCCAUCCAGUCAGUCGCCACAAACGUUGCUCAUUUCGCCCGUCAACGUCAUCUCCCACUCACCGCAGCAGCAGAGCCUGCUACAGUCCAUGGUCCAGCAACAACAGCAACAAGCUCAGCAGCAGCAAGUGGUGGCUGCCGCGGCACAACAACAGGCAGCUGCAGCUCUGGCAGCUGCUACUGCCGCUUCAAAAGUAUCUGGAUCAGGCAGCGCCGCCGAUACGCAAGGCAAACUACAGCAGAAGGUUGUGCAAAAGGUGACAACCACCACCAAUACGGUGCAGGCAGCAAGUGGCGGCGGAAGCGUUAACCAGCAGCAGCAGCAGCAACAACAGCAGACGACCACGCAGCAAUGUGUCCAGGUAUCACAGUCUUCGCUGCCCGGUGGUGGUACGACUCAAGCGCAACUACUCAACCCGCUGCAGAGUGCCGCCGGACAGCCGCAGCAGAUGCAGAUCGGGCCUUGGUUCUGGCAGAACGGUCUGCAGCACUUUGGUGCCGGCCCCAUUAUUUUACGUAAUCAGCCGGACGGUACCUCGGGCAUGUUUAUACAACAGCCGACAACACACCAGGCGCUCCAGGCACAGCAGAAUCAGAUCAUUCAGUGCAAUGUAACGCAGACUCCCACCAAGCCACGAUCCCAGUUGGAAGCAUUAGCACCCAAGCAGACACAAGCGACAAUGCAACAGCAGCAGCUGACUACUCAACAGCAAUUACAUCAGCAACAGGCACAACAGCUGACAACUGCGCCUGUAGUGGCCCAACGGCCUGGGCCGCCCAUUUUGCCCCACAACGGUGCUCAGGUUCGACCUGCUAGCUCCGUUUCGACGCAAACGGCACAGAACCAGAGCCUUCUAAAGGCAAAGAUGCGCAACAAACAGCAGCCAGUCCGACCUGCUCUCCCGGCGCUCAAGGCCGAGAAUGGACAAGCGCAGUCAAAGGGACAGGUGAAUAAUGCGACCGGACUCGCUCACUUGGCUGUUCAGCAACAGCAGCAACAACAACAAGCCAAUCUGCAUCAAGUGGUCACUACAGCAGGCAAUAAAAUGGUUGUCAUGAGUACCUCGGGUACACCUAUAACGUUGCAAAAUGGGCAGACUAUUCAAACGGCAACUGCCACCAGUGUGGAUAAACAGCAGCAACAGCAGAUACAACUAAUGCAGAAGCAAUUCUUGCAGCAACAAAUGCUUCAGCAGCAAUUCGCCAUACAGAUACAACAACAUCAGCAGCAGCAACAACAGCAGCAACAACAACCACAUCAGCAGCAAGCGGUGGCUGCAGCCACUGCAGCGCAACAAAUAUUGCAGGUAUCACCGCAAACGUUCCUUACAUCACAGCAGCAACAAGCUCAGCAGCAGCAGUUGCAUAACCAGCUAUUGCAGCAGCAGCUUCAGCAACAGGCUCAACAGCAGCAACAACAGGCUCAGCAGCAGCAGCAGGCUCAGCAGCAGCAACAGGCUCAUCAGCAGCAGCAACGCGAGCAACAACAGCAGCAGCAACAAAAUAUCAUUCAACAGAUUAUGGUGCAGCAGACAGCUGCGGCGACGCCUCAGCAGCAGCAGCAAUCGCAGCUGCAAUUGCAGGCAGCACAACACCAACUUUCCAGCGUUCCCUUUUCUGUGAGCUCAACGACAACACCGGGUGGCAUUGCUACAUCUAGUGCACUUCAAGCAGCGCUCUCUGCUCCUGGUUCUGUGUUUCAGUCGGCCAAGACGACUAGCUCGAUGCCGAGCACAUCAGUAGUGACCAUAUCGAAUCACACAACAGGGCCGCUUGUUACUAGCAGUACGGUGGCCAGUCUUCAACAUCAGCAACAGCAGCAGCAACAGCAGCAGCAGCAGAAUAUCAUAGCUGCCACAAUUGCAGCUGCUUCACAGCAGCAACAACAACACCUGGUAAACACUAACACAACAAUGAGCACACAUACGAACGCGCCUACUCUAACCGCCACAUCGACCACACCGAAUCCCAUACUGGCCAUGACGUCUAUGAUGAAUGCAACUGUAGGCCACAUUACAGUCCCUGUAAGCAGUACGGCCAACAGUGCAACCACUGUGUCGAUAAGCGUGCCAAUGCCAAUAAACAGCAGCAGCAACAAUAACGGAAAUAGUAAUUCUUUGCCAGCAACGCCCACCAAAGUAGCGUUGCACGAGCUUCAGACAAUCAAAACGCCUACUUCACAGCCAACGGUGCUGCUACCCAUCGAGUCGCCUUUGCCGUUGGUCAGCGCCGUGGAGGCCAGUAGCUCUACUAGUACUGUAGCAGAGGUUAGUGCUUUAAAUGGAGAGUUGGCCGAUUCGCUUAGUAUCACCACCACGCCCACCAAAUCAACAGCAACGGCAGGAGCCCCGGUAAUGACAGGAUCCACUAGUGCUACGCAGGCAACGACGCCGAGCAAGCUUGCUGAGCAGAAGCAGAGCAAUUUUGUACUACCGACCAGCAGCAGCGGCAAAGAUGAAUGCCCUACCAAGAGCAACAGCAGCGGAAGCAUCACGUCAACUACUGGAACCGUCACCAGCACAGCAGCCACCAAUGGCAUAGCAGCUUUGCGGUCCAUCACAACGACCACCAGCUGCGGUGGGGGUAGUAUCGCUACAACUUCAACAACAAGCGGCAGUAGCACUAACAUGAGCAGCACGAAUGGCAGCAGCAGUGGUGGAAGUGGUGCCAAUGCUAGUGGGAAAGAUUUGCCAAAGGCCAUGAUUAAGCCCAAUGUGCUGACCCAUGUCAUAGAUGGCUUCAUUAUACAGGAGGCCAACGAACCUUUCCCCGUGACGAGACAACGCUACACUGAUAAGGGAAAGGACAAUGAUGAGCCGCCAAAGAAAAAGGUUGCGAUGCAAGAGGAUAUAAAGCCCAGCGUCAUGCCUGCGGCAUCUGUCGCUGCCUCCAUUGUAUUGUCAUCAGAUAUGGUAGCUUGCGAGCAAUGCGGCAAGCUGGAGCAUAAGGUCAAGCUGAAGCGUAAACGUUAUUGCUCCCCGGCUUGUGUACGCCUAGCAAAGACGGGCGCACACACUGCUAGUGGCCAGCAAUGCAAUGCCAAUGGUAACGAUUCGGGCGGCAUUGUAGCAGCUGAUGCCCAGGCCUUGGUUGAUAAACUUGAUGAGGUGAUGGCCGAGGAGAAGAUGCAAACAGACACUAUGUCAAUGGUAACUACGGUGGCUACCACGGCAGCAGCGAUGUUGCCAGAGAUGCCCGCGUUGGCUGUUCUUUCGGAACAACCCGGAGCACAUUCACAUACAAAUGCCACACCCAUUGCUACAAUUGCUAGUAAUGCCAAUAUUGAGCGACCUCCAAUAUGCAGCUGGAGCGUCGGCGAAGUGUGUGAUUUUAUACGCAAUCUGCCUGGCUGCCAGGACUACGUGGACGACUUUGAACAGCAGGAGAUUGAUGGACAAGCGCUAUUGUUGCUUAAGGAGAAUCAUUUGGUUAACGCAAUGGGAAUGAAAUUGGGACCGGCUCUGAAGAUCGUUGCCAAAGUGGAAUCAAUAAAGGAGGUUAACGUACUACCUCCCGUCGCGGCCGCAACCGAGAAUAAAGAUAUUGGUACUACACAAUAGUCCCAAUUUGACCGAAAAAUUCACUUGGACGCAAAUAUCCAAAUUGAUUCUGUUACAACUACUCCGCCUACAUCACACUCGAGCAAUCGCCCGCUCUCUUCCACACAUUCUAUCACUCCACCGGCACCUUUAACGCCCCUGGCUACACGUGAGGGCAGGUCGCCUUGGCACUUUUGUUCGGCAUCUUCUUCACCGGUUACAUUUUCGGAUAUGGGGUCUACCUACCUCCCACUAGACUUGUUUGAUGUUGAGAAUUUUUUGAUACCAAUACGCAUCGAUCGGAUACUUAAAUAAUGUGGCCCCAAGCCAAACCUGACAAGUCUAGGUGUCCUCGCAUUAUCUAAUUCUCACCCAUGCCAUACAGUCCACUUUCGCUAUGGUGAAUGUUUACUACAACUGAUUAUGAUUAUAUAUGUAUAAAGUUAAUGUGUUCAGAGCUAGUGAGAAAUAGUGGAUCCUCGUCAUAUAUAAUCCAAGUACCAAAACGAGUGUAUAAAAACACCUUUAUUUAAAUCAAUAUUGAAAACAAGUGGAGAAGCUAAGGUCGAGAGUCCCGACUUUGAAAUACUCUGUAUAUGUGUUGAAUAAAAAUGCAUGUCUCUGUGUGUGUGUAUG